AUGACAAUGGCCAUGACAAUACCUUCCAGCCAAGGCCAGGCUGGAGAGGACUUAAAGCAUCGCCCCUCCCCCCUCAGUCCAAUGGGGCACUUGACCGCGGGCUGCCUGCCUCCUCCGCCGCCACAGCGCCACAUGCUUGGGGCUGGGGGUCCCGGCCCGGCCAUGAGCUCCCACCUGGCCACGCCGUCCUGCCUGUCCUACCCACCUGUCCUGUGUGGGGACUACUAUUGGCUCUCUCCAGGGAACACGGACACCGUGCCCGCCGAGGAGGCUCCGGCGACGGACGCCCUACCCUUACCCACGACGGAGAAGACGUCCAGUCCCCCAGAUGACUCUCCAGCUUCUUCCAGCUCUGGGACACUCACCCAGUACUACAGCCCUGACUCUGCCACCAGUCCCACCGCAGCAGCAACCCCGUCUCCCCACUCCUCUUUCCAGAAGGUCAAGGCGCAAGGCAAAGGUGUGGUGAAGACGGGCAAGAGCCGCACAGCCUUCUCGCAGGAGCAGCUUAAAGCCCUACACCAGCGGUUCCAGAGCCAGAAGUACCUCAGUCCCCAGCAGAUUCGGGAGUUGGCUGCUACCCUUCAGCUCACCUACAAGCAGGUGAAAACAUGGUUUCAGAAUCAACGGAUGAAAUUCAAACGUUGCCAAAAGGAGAGCCAGUGGGUGGAAAAAGGGCUGUAUCUACCACAGAAUGGGGCUCCUCAGGCUGCAUACCUGGAUAUAAUGCCCACAUAUCACCAGGGCUUCCCUGUCGGUGCGAGCAGAAACCUUCAGGCUACGACCAACAUGCACCAGGCUUACAGUAGUGGACAGACUUACGGGAAUGGGCAGAGCCUGUACUCAUUCGUGGCUGUGGAGGAUGAGGGGCUCUUUGGAAAAAGUGGGACGAGCUGCAAUACCCAGCAAGCUGUGGGUUUAUUAAGCCAGCCAAUGAACUUCUAUCACAGCUACUCUGACAACGUGGAUUAUGUCAGCCUGGAGUCACAAGACACCUACGGCUUCCAGAGUACUUCUGACACUGUCACACCGUUUUUGAGCUCUCCUAUACAGCAUCAAUGCCAGGUCCCUUGGCAUCCCAUGGGGGCCCAGAGUGGUUAUGAGUCUCAGGCUUAAGUAUUUUUUGCUCCCUUUUCUUGUGUUUGCUCAUGGAGUUUCCAGGGUCUUGGCUCAGGGAUAUAGAUUCUAUUUUUUGUCUUGUCCUACUGCUGUUUUAACCACCGGAGGAGGGGCUCAGCACCUUGCUGA